UGCUGUGUGGUUAGGAGUCUGUGGUUUAAACGACUGACGCUUCCAAUUUUUCUAAUUUCGCCUGCAUCUGAAAAAAUUGAUUUCUCUUCUUACUGUUCAGUGAAUUGUGAUGCCAAUGUUAUUUAGAACAUAAUUACAAAUGAGAAAGUCAACUUAGUUGUUUAGUAAUAUUAUAAAAAAUGUCGGUUGCAUUCGCCCCUCGGGGCAACCGGCCUCCAUUGAGUCCAGCACAAAUACAAAAGAUGUUGGACGAGAAUGCACAUUUGAUACAAACAAUACAGGAAUACCAAGCUAAAGGCCAGCUUAUGGAGUGUCAUCAGUACCAGCAGGUGUUACACAGAAAUUUAGUAUACCUGGCUUCUGUCGCUGACGCUAAUCAAAAUAUUCAGUUGCUGCUCCCACCUCCACAUCAAUUGGCUGCAGGCAACGUGCAACAACUGAACCCACCUACCACUGGAGCUGAAGGCCCAGGCUCACCACAGCAACCAUACCGUCCACCUACAGGAGUGUCGACUACUCCCACAAGGCCCACACAGUCAUAUGGGCAAAGACCUUACCCACAAAAUCAAUACCAAGGACAGUACCAAGGAGCACCUGGUGUUUAUCCACCACAAAGUGGUUAUGGCCCUCCAGGACAAGGAUAUGGUCCCCCAAAUCCUUCCCAACAACCACAAGGAUAUCCUCCAAAUUCUACAUAUGGACCACCUAUCACUACAGCUCCCAGUAACUAUCCGCCGGCUACACACCCAGGACCUGGAGGAUACCCACCCUCCUCAAAUCAGCAACCUUAUGCUCCCCCGCCGGGUAGCCCUGCUGCUGCAGGUUCACCUUACCCAGUCCGUGGCUCUAGUCAACCAGCAUAUACUGGAAAUUCUGGAUAUCCGCCUACACAAUCUGGUCCAAACUAUCCUAAUGUAGGUGUCAGCUCAUACAAUUCAACAACAUCUCAACCACAACCUUAUCAAUCUCAACCUUUCCCAAACACUACACCUACAUCUGCAUAUAGCUCCACACCAGUGUCUCAGCCAAACCGGUCCCCACAACCUCCACCUAGCGGUUAUACUUCCCAAAAUCCAAGCUCAGGAUAUGGGUCUCCAUCUGCACAAUCACCAACAUAUAACUCUAGUUCUCACGGAAACAAUGUUCCACCAUCCAGCGGGACAUCUGGGGCUCCACCUCAAAAUGCACCCCCUGGACAGCAAUAUCCUCCUGCUGGACAACCAUCUCCUUAUCCACCAGCAACUCAGCCACCUUAUUCCAAUCCUUCAUCCCAGCCAGGAAGUCCGGCCCCUUCAGUGUCAACUGCACCCCCUCCUCAGUCAUCCUAUCCACAAAAUCCACAGAAUUAUCCUCCUGCUGGAGGAGCAUAUCCACCUCAUGCUUACCAACAAGGCUAUCCACCUGCUCAAUAUCCGCCUUCGCCUUACCCUUAUGCUAGGGCGCCCGCACCGGGAGCUCCGCCACCAGGUGCUCCGCAACCUUACCCUGGUUACGGUUUUCAACCUCCCAACCAACAGUAAACAAAACAUAAGGCUUAUUUUUUGCUUUAAUCAAAGUAGCCCUAAGUUAAUUAAUUCAGCAAUGAUAAUGAAUUUUAUUUAACUACUAAUUAAGAAACUGUUUGAAGUGAAAUCUUCAGUCAGUGUAAGUUUCUUUUUAAUAGUACAAGCUAGGACAACUAUCCUCAAAGAUCUUACAAUGAAUGAUCAAGUUCAUAUGGUAGGCUGAUGCCUAAGCAACUUGCCAUGGACUGUGAAUAAACCUUAAGUUCGGGAUAAGCAGGCGAGAGAAUGAAAAAAACCUUAGAAGUUUAACCUUUUUUCACGUGUACAUGCGGAUAUACGCAGCUUUUUAUUUUUAUUAGUAGGUAAUUAAUUAUAAUUAUGUUUGUAUUGUAUAUAAUGAUAAUGUUAACUUGAAACUUAAAUCAAAUGUAAUACAAAUAAAUAGCUUUUUUUGUUAUAAGUAAUAUUAUGAACAAAUAUUAUACCAGUUUUGGUAUUAAUGAGAUUAAAGAAUAGAUAAAAUUAUUUUUA